AAUGUCCUGAGUCAGUCCCCCGGUCCAGAGAACAACUCCCAGCAUCAGCCAGUGCUGAUGGGACCUGCUUCUCCACGAUGAAUCUUCAAGAUGGCGGCUGCGGCUAUGCUAGCGACAAUUUGGCGGCUAACACGGCCAGCGGCAGCAUGCGGCGGCGCCUGGAGGACCAGGAGUUCACCCUGCGCAUCUACCCGGGCGCCCUGGCCGAGGGCACCAUCUACUGCCCCGUGGGCGCCCGCAAGAGCACCACUGCUGCCGAGGCCAUCGAGCGCCUGCUGGAGCGUCUGAGCCUGGACCGUACCAAAUGCUACGUGCUAGCCGAGGUGAAGGAGUUCGGCGGGGAGGAGUGGAUCCUCAACCCCAGUGACUGCCCAGUCCAGCGGAUGAUGCUGUGGCCCCGCAACGCCCUAGAGAAUCGCUGUGGCCUGGGCAGUGGGGAGGACUACCGCUUCCUUCUCCGAGAGAAGAACCUGGACGGCUCCAUCCAUUAUGGAGGCAGUCUCCAGAUGUGGCUGCGCGUGACCGAGGAGCGCCGCCGCAUGGUGGAACGGGGUUUUCUGCCCCAGCCCGCAGGGGGCGAGCACCCGGCCGACCUGUGCGCUCUCCCUGAGCUGACGGAGCGUGCCCUGCUGGAGAGCCUCCGCUCGCGCUUCCGGCAGGAGAAGAUCUACACCUACGUCGGCUCCAUCCUCAUCGUCAUCAACCCCUUCCAGUUCCUACCCAUCUACAACCCUAAGUACGUCAAGAUGUACGACAACCACGCUCUGGGAGACCUGGAGCCGCACAUCUACGCCGUGGCGGACGUGGCUUACCACGCCAUGCUACAGCGGCGGAGGAACCAGUGCAUCGUCAUCUCUGGAGAGAGCGGCUCGGGAAAGACCCAGAGCACCAACUUCCUGAUUCAUCACCUGACCGCCCUCAGCCAGAAGGGAUUCGCCAGUGGGGUGGAGCAGAUCAUCCUGGGGGCGGGGCCUGUGUUAGAGGCAUUCGGGAACGCCAAGACGGCUCACAACGACAACUCCAGCCGUUUUGGGAAGUUCAUCCAGGUCAACUACCAGGAGAGUGGCACCGUCCGAGGAGCGUAUGUGGAGAAGUACCUUCUGGAGAAGUCACGCCUGGUCUACCAGGAGCACAAUGAAAGGAACUACCAUGUGUUCUACUACCUUUUGGCUGGAGCCACUGAGGAGGAGAGGAAGGCCUUCCACCUGCUCAAACCGGAGGAUUACCACUACCUCAACCAGCAGGACUGCUUAACAGUGGAAGGGGAGGACCUGAAGCACGACUUUGAGAGACUGCAACUGGCCAUGGACAUGGUGGGGUUCCUGCCUUCCACACGCAAACAGAUCUUCUCUCUGCUGUCUGCUAUCCUCUACCUGGGCAACAUCCUCUACAAGAAGAAGACCUACAGAGAUGACUCCAUAGACAUCUGUAACCCAGAUGUGCUGCCUACCAUCUCAGAGCUGCUCCAGGUGAAGGAAGAGAUGCUGUUCGAGGCUCUGACCACCAGGAAGACGGUGACUGUGGGAGAGAGGCUGAUCGUUCCGUACAAACUGGCCGAGGCUGGUACCGUUCGGGACUCCAUGGCCAAAUCCCUGUACAGCGCCCUGUUUGACUGGAUCGUGUUCAGGACCAACCAUGCUCUGCUCAACAACAAAGACCUGGAGCACAGUGCCAAGAUUCUUUCAAUUGGAGUGCUGGACAUCUUUGGCUUUGAAGACUACGAGAACAACAGCUUUGAGCAGUUCUGUAUCAACUUGGCCAACGAGAGGCUCCAUCAUUACUUCAACCAGCACCUCUUCAAGCUCGAACAGGAGGAGUACAGGGCCGAGAGCAUCAGCUGGCACAACAUCGACUACAUCGACAACACAGGCUGCAUCAACCUCAUCAGCAAGAAGCCCACCGCGCUGCUCCACCUGCUGGACGAAGAGUGCAAUUUCCCCCAGGCCUCGAACCAGACCCUGCUGGACAAGUUCAAACGGCAGCAUGAGGGGAACAGCUACAUCGAGUUCCCCGCCGUCAUGGAGCCCGCCUUCAUUAUCUGCCACUACGCCGGCAAAGUCAAGUACGGCAUCAAGGACUUCAGGGAGAAGAACACUGAUCACAUGCGUCCGGACAUCGUGGCCCUGUUGAAGAGCAGUAAGAAUGCCUUCAUCUGUGGCCUGAUGGGCAUCGACCCGGUGGCCACCUUCCGCUGGGCCGUCCUCAGAACCUAUUUCAGAGCCAUGGUAGCCUUCAGGGAGGCUGGGAAGAGACACGCCGACAAGAAGACUGUGAAUGAUGCUGCUGUACCGUGUGUUGUCAAGAGCGUGGACAGCUUCAGCUUCCUCCACCACCCUGUGCACCAGAGGAGCCUUGAGAUCCUGCAGAGAUGCAAAGAUGAGAAAUACAAUAUCACUCGAAAGAAUCCCCGGACCCCCUUGUCAGACCUCCAGGGCAGCAACACACUGAUGGAAAAGCCCACCAGGGAUGGUUAUGGCGUGGGCUGUAAUGGGCGUCGCUCCAGACAGGGUGGUCUGUCCUCCUCUGGCGCAGAGUUUGCUGACGGCAUCUUCUUCAACUCUACUGGCAGCAAGCUGCUGGAGAGAGCACAGAGCAUCCUCAUGCGGAACAAAAACUACAAGUCCAAGCCCAGCUUACCGAAGCACCUGUUGGACGUGAAGUCUCUGAGGUACCUGAGCAGCGUGACCCUCCACGACCGCAUCACUAAGUCCCUCCUCCUCCUGCACAAGAAGAAGAAAACACCCAGCAUCAGCGCCCAGUUCCAGGCCUCUCUCAACAAGCUGAUGGAGACCCUGGGUCAGUCGGAGCCCUACUUUGUCAAGUGUGUCCGCUCCAAUGCAGAGAAGCUCCCCCUGCGUUUCAAUGAUGCCCUUGUGCUCAGGCAGCUGAGGUACACAGGCAUGCUGGAGACCGUCCGCAUCCGCCAAUCAGGAUACGCCAUCAAAUACACCUUCCAGGACUUUGUGCGUCACUUUCGUGUGCUCUUACCAGACAUCACUAGACCAACCAAGUCUGGCAUCAGGGAGUUCUUUCGUCAAGUUCAUCUAGCACCCGCUGGGUAUCAAGUGGGCAACACAAUGGUGUUCCUGCGAGAUGCGGAGCGUCAGCGGCUGCAGGCUCUGCUCCACAAGGAGGUGUUAGGGCGCAUCGUCACGCUGCAGCGCCGCUUCCGAGCCCGGCUGGAGAGGAAACACUUCAUCAACAUGAGACAGGCCGCUGAUGUCAUCCAGCGAUGGUGGAGGGGCUGCCUGCUCAGACAGUCGGAGGCUGCAGUGGACCUAGCCGUCCAGGAGGAGGCAGCAGAGAACCCAGCCAUCCAGGAGGAGGCUGCAGAGAACCCAGCCGUCCAGGAGGAGGCUGCAGAGGACCCAGCCAUCCAGGAGGAGGCUGCAGAGGACCCAGCCAUCCAGGAGGAGGCUGCAGAGGACCCAGCCGUCCAGGAGGAGGCAGCAGAGAACCCAGCCAUCCAGGAGGAGGCAGCAGAGGACCCAGCCGUCCAGGAGGAGGCUGCAGAGGACCCAGCCAUCCAGGAGGAGGCAGCAGAGGACCCAGCCGUCCAGGAGGAGGCAGCAGAGGACCCAGCCGUCCAGGAGGAGGCAGCAGAGGACCCAGCCGUCCAGGAGGAGGCAGCAGUAGACCCAGCCAUCCAGGAGGAGGCAGCAGAGGACCCAGCUGUCCAGGAGGAGGCAGCAGUGGACCCAGCCGUCCAGGAGGAGGCAGCAGAGGACCCAGCCGUCCAGGAGGAGGCAGCAGUGUGCCUGCAGGCGUCGUGGAGGGGCUACAGGCAGUACAGGCAGUUCCUGCAGUGGCGGGACUCUGCCCUGAUAAUACAGAGGUGCUGGAGAAACUGCAUCCAGCACAGGGCUCUGGCGGCCAUUACGGUGCAGACAGCCUGGCGCGUCUACAGAGAGAGAGCCCACCACCGUAGCACACGUGGUGCAGUUAUGCUGCUACAGGCAGCCUGCAGGGGCUACAUGGCACGCCUGAGGUUCACAGAACUAAAAGAGCAGAGUCAGCAGGAAAAGCAGUUGCUCAAUGGACAAAGUAGCCCCACCACAGAAGAAGAGAAGGCAGAUAGGACCAUGGGCCUGGAUACGGACAUCUCGGAGGACCAUGUCGUCGAGAUCACCCACCAUCAUGGCAUCCAAGAUGUCUCCACGGUCUGGCCUACUGAAGACUCUAAUGAAUCUAGGUGGAAGUGUUUGUUGGAAGAGGAAGAGGAUAGAGAGAGCGAGAGAAGACCGUGUAUAGACGAGUCCAGCAGACAGAGUAUAGAGCCCAGCAGCCACAAGACACGGGCCAAGAGACAGAAUCGGCGUAUGAGGGAGCUGGAGCAGACCCAGUUCAGCCUGGAGCUACUCAAGGUGCGGACCCACAGAACGGGAGGGACUCUGCCAGAAGAGGAGACCCAUGUACCCCCGUGUCCGGACAGCAUCUCCUGUCCCCUGGACGACCACCAACACCACCGGCCCUCCUCCCCUGAUAGCCACGGGAGCACCUCCAUAGACGUGGAGGUGGAGGCGGGAAGUUACCCCGGUUACCAUGUUAACCAGUCAGCACCGCUCCGGACUUCUUCCCAAGAGGAUUCGGUCAGACCAGGGCCUCCCAUUCACACCCCCACAGAGUCCCAGUCCCAUGAGCACCCAGAGGUGGUAAAACAGAAUGAUCUGAGCCCCGGGACAGAGGAGCUAUCGCCCAUGCUACUGCCCCCUAUCAAGGAGGUGGUAAAACAGAAUGAUCUGAGCCCCAGGACAGAGGAGCUACUGCCCCCUAUCAAGGAGGUGGUAAAACAGAAUGAUCUGAGCCCCAGGACAGAGGAGCUACUGCCCCCUAUCAAGGAGGUGGUAAAACAGAAUGAUCUGAGCCCCAGGACAGAGGAGCUACUGCCCCCUAUCAAGGAGGUGGUGACGGAGGCUACACAAUCCACCGUCUACAUCCCCCCUGAGGACCACAGCAGUGAGCCCAAGCCUAAGCAACAGAGCCCCAACAAGCGUGUGAAGGAGAGGAGAGAGUCCUCCUCUCGAGGGCCCGUGGUGGUUGUCAUCAGUAUGCAGAAGGAGACCCUGCUGGACGAAGGGGAACUGCGGGCGGCAAAAGCCCAGGAGAGUGCACUCCAGAUGGGUGUAACCCCUGCAACAUUCUCCCCUACACCCAUCGCUGGCCUGGAAGUAUCAGAGAAGGCCCAGCCGCCUAGGACUGUUACCAAACCUCCGAGAGACUUAGCUGGGGUCGACAUGUCUAGCUUGGUGCCCUCCUCCAACUCUAGCCAUGGCCUUUGUCCUUCCGAGGUAGAUAUCCAGAUAUCCCCCGCUGGUGAAGUCCCUCCCAGCCAGCAGGAGAGGAAGGUGGGCAGGCCAGCGCAGGACAACUGGGUCUCCACCGACAGGAUCCUGGAGAGCAGGGAAGCAGCCUUGGCAUCACAGAAGAAGACUCCGACCAAGACCAUCAUUGUCAAUAUGACUGAGAAGCCGCCCUCCAACGUCACGUUCUCACCCCGACGCAAGCUACCCUUCUCCAAGUCUGAUAAGGACCUGGUGAACAAGGAGUGGUCGUUGGCCUCUGUCUCUAGAGCCACCACUGGACAGACUGCCAGAGAGGCUGCUCACAAGGAAGUGCAGAAGAGCAUCCAUAAGACCAUGUCUUCAGGAGACCUGGGAAAGGUAGCAUCGCUUAGGAAGACAUCCAGUCAGGAUGGAAGCAGAGUACGAGGGAAGAUACGGUUCUGGGGCAAGACCAAGCAUGCAGAGAAGAAGCUGUCUAGAGACAAGCAGCAGUCCACACAGAGAGAUGGCACUGACAAGAUAGACGGAACAACGUCUCCCCCCCACAGUCCCAACCUGAUGGGGACCAGGGGACGGGAGACCAAGGAGAACAAGGAGCCCUCUCCCAAAGUGAGGCGGAGGCGCAGCGUCAAGAUCAGCAGCGUGGUCCUAGAGCCCGCCCAGUGGGGGAACGACGCGCUGCACAUCCUCACCAGCACCCACGACUACAGGAGCAUGAACGACUUCCUCAUGAAGAAGAUCAGUGAUCUGGACUCGGAGGACUGUCAGAAGGACACCUUGGUGGACGUGGUCUUCAAGAAAGCUCUGAAGGAGUUCCGCCUCAACAUCUUCAACUCCUACUCCACCGCCCUGGCUAUGGAUGACGGUAAGAGUAUCCGUUAUAAGGACCUGUACGCCCUGUUUGAACACAUCCUGGAGAAGAGCAUGCGGCUGGAACAGAGGGACUGGAGCGAGUCGCCCGUCAAGGUCUGGGUCAACACCUUCAAGGUCUUCCUGGAUGAGUUCAUGACCGAGUACAAGCCCAUGGACGGCACCAUCAUCAAGGCCUCCAAACCAGAACGUAAGAAGAGGAGGAAAAAGGAAUCUGACAUUGUUGAGGAGCACAACGGCCACAUCUUCAAGUCCACCCAGUACAGCAUCCCCACCUACUGCGAAUACUGCUCCUCUCUCAUCUGGAUGAUGGACAGGGCCUGCGUCUGCAAACUAUGUCGGUACGCCUGCCAUAGAAAGUGCUGCUCCAGGAUGACCACCAAAUGUAGCAAAAAGUACGACCUGGAGCUGUCGUCCAGGCAGUUUGGCGUGGAGGUGUCUCGUCUGACCAGCGAGGAGAGGACCGUGCCCCUGGUGGUGGAGAAGCUCAUCAACUACAUCGAGAUGCACGGCCUCUACACAGAGGGCAUCUUCAGGAAGUCUGGCUCCACCAAUAAGAUCAAAGAGCUGCGGCAGGGGCUGGACACAGAUGUGAGCAGCAUGAACCUGGACGACUACAACAUCCACGUCAUUGCCGGCGUGCUCAAACAAUGGCUCCGUGACCUGCCUAACCCUCUGAUGACCUUUGAACUGUACGAGGAGUUCCUCCGGGCAAUGGGCCAGCCAGACCAGAAGGAGGUAAUCAGAGGGGUGUACUCUGUGAUCGACCUGCUCAGCAGAACCCACCUGAGUACCCUGGAGCGCCUCAUCUUCCACCUGGUCAGGAUCGCCCUUCAGGAAGACACCAACCGUAUGUCGGCCAAUGCCCUAGCCAUCGUGUUCGCCCCCUGCAUCCUCCGCUGCCCCGACACCAUCGACCCCCUGCAGAGUGUCCAGGACAUCGGCAAGACCACAGCGUGUGUGGAGCUGAUCAUCGGAGAACAGAUGAAUAAGUACAGGGCCAGACUGAAGGACAUCAACAGUCUGGAGUUUGCUGAGAACAAGGCCAAGAGCAGACUGACACACAUCAGGAAGUCCAUGAAACCUGUACUAAUCGCUGUUAAGUUUAUUGGCAUAACCCGCACGACCACUCCGGGCAAAGGUCGUCUGCGGAGGGGUAGCAGCCACCACACGCCCUCCCCGCCCCUCAGCCCCAGAGUGCUCCCGGUGGUGGACGGGGAGAGUGCAGAGGAGGAGCGGGCAGAGCCAGGGCUGACAGAACAGCAGCAGGCCACCAUGCAGCAGGAAGAGAGGGUCCUCACGGAGCAGAUUGAGGGCCUGCAGAGAGAGAAGGAGGAGUUAACAUAUGAGAUGUUGAUCUUGGAGCCGCGGGCGUCUGAUGACGAGACUCUGGAGUCGGAAGCCUCGAUAGGAACAGCAGACAGCUCUGAGAAACUCAACAUGGACCCUGAAGGAGCCGCCUUCAACCCCUCUGGCACCUAUCACUCCCGGAAGUCUGAAGCAAAGAGCCGCCGCUGCCUCCGGAGACAACCCGACUCGGUCGACUCCACCUCCUCCUCCUCCUCCAUUAUACCUCAAUCCCCCAACUACCGCUUCCGCUCCUCCUCCUCCGGCCCCCUACUCUCCUCCUGCUCCUUGGGCCUAGGAGCCCCCUUAGUGGAGUCCGAGGGGGACCCGAGUGGCACUGUGGGGGUGAAGAGUCGCCACCGGCUCAGGUUGAGUAGAAGCUCGCCGCGCGAGCCCCUGAGGGCCUGCUGGAGGGAGUCAGACUUCAGCUCACUGCCCCAACAGCUGGUUCUGUAUGGCAGUAACGAGUUUAUGGUAUGAGGGAGAGUUGCAGUGGAGACAAGACAUCCGAACCGCCUUCCAUCCUCCAUACCAAUAGUGUGUAAGGGGGGAAAGAGGGAGGGAGGAAGUGAAACAGGGCUGGAAUGAGUCAUGUGGGCAUCCAUCUCGCACUGCUGUCCUUCUCUAGCUCUGCCCAUCUCUAUCCUACUUCUCAGUGCCCGGAGGAACGCCACCCUUCCCAUGAUGCAGUUGGGUGCCGUCCUCUCGGCGGGAGAAGUGAAAGGUGAUGGAGAAACACAAAGAGAGAUGGAAUGAUGAAUGGAUGAAAGAAGGAGGAAGCCUCAGAACUGAGAUGGAGGACUGGCAGGAGGCUGUAAAGGAAUAAAACAGUGACUAAACGCCAGAAAGCAAGUGAGUGAGGAACGGAUGAGGGUAGCCGCCUUGACUCACCUGACCUUUGACUUCCAAGCCCCUUGACCCCUGCUGGAGCCUC